GUGGGCGGCGACCCAGUCGGCCCCCAGAAACAAUGUUGCUGGCAGUGGCGGCGAUCGUGGGGGUGUUGGGGGCGGCGGCCGACUUGCCCACCAACUACCAGUACUUCACUGCGGGCGGCAUCGAAUCCGGCCUGAAUGCGGACGAGGCCACCUUCCUGCUCAACGGAAAGUCCAUGUUUGUCUACAGUGGCGCCAUCCACUACUUCCGGGUGCCGCGCCCCUAUUGGAGGGACCGUUUGAGGAAGUUGAGGGCCGCCGGCUUCAACACGGUGGAAACCUACAUUGCGUGGAACCUGCACGAGUACCAGUCAGGGGUUUUCGACUUUGGGGGCGGCGGCUCCGAGCUGGAGGACUUCCUCUACCUGGACGAGUUCCUGCAGACCGCGCAAGAGGAGGAUCUGUUCGUCAUCGUGCGCGCCGGCCCGUUCAUCUGCGCAGAAUUCGAGUUUGGCGGCUUCCCCAGCUACUUGCUGCGCGACGGCACCAAACUGUGGGUGCGCACCGACAAUGAGUACUACAUGGACUACGUCACCAGGUGGUUCAACGAGCUGAUGCCACGCCUUGCCAAGCACCAGUUCACAGUGGGCGGCCCCAUUAUCAUGUUCCAGGUGGAGAACGAGUACGCAGGCACUGGGUAUGGCGAUCACAACUAUUUGUGGCAUCUCAGGCAGCUGAUGCUGGACAAUGGCAUAGUCGAGCUGCUGGUCACCGCCGACAACCCUUGGAGAGGCACCGGCGGCACCUACACCGAGUACUUCCUGAUGACCUUCAACUUCGACUCGGACGUGGACACCAAUCUGGCAACAAUGGAGCAACUGCAACCCGGCCGCCCCCUGAUGGUGAUGGAGUAUUGGUCAGGUUGGUUCGACUAUGUGGCCAGCGGGCACAAGACCAAGACCCUGGAGACGUUCCAGGCCACCUACGAGCCGAUCUUGGCCCGCCCCGCCUCCGUCAACAUGUACAUGUUCAUUGGCGGCACCAGUUGGGGGUUCCUGAGCGGCUCGCAGAACCUGGCCUAUGACGACUUGAACACGCGGUUCACGCCCAUGACCACCAGCUACGACUACAGCGCCCCCUUGGCGGAGAACGGCGACUACACGGACAAGUACUGGCUGGCGCAGCAGCUGCUGGCCCAGUACAACCCCAUCAAGACGCUGCUGCCUGCUCCCCCCGCCCUGCAGGGGCGGNCCCUCAGCCUGCAAGGCCAGCUGAGCCUGGAGGCGCUCAUUGGCCGAGCCCCGGCCUACGACACGCCCACCCCCGUCUCCAUGGAGAACAUGGACAUCAACAACGGCAGCGGCCAGAGCUACGGCUUCGUCGUCUACAGGAAGGCGGGGCUGCGCCUGCCCGAGGGGGCGCAACUGACAAUCGAGGGGCGUGUCUGCGACACUGUCAUCGUGUUGGUGAAUGGCCGCCGGGUGUCGCCACUGCUGCAAAAGGCCGCCGAUUUGGACCAGUUCGGCACGUGGCGCACCGCAAACUCCUCCCUCACGCUCAAUGGGGCGGAGCUGGAGGGCGCCCAGCUCGACCUGGUGGUGGAGAACUGGGGCCGGGCCAAUGUGGGCGUGUACCGACAGUACAAGGGGCUGUGGCAAGGGGGCGUGACCAUCAACAAUGAGCCGGUGACUGGCUGGACGAUGCACGCCCUGGAGUUUAAGAGGGCGUGGACCAACGGGCUGGACGGGUGGGAGGCGGUGGCCGCGGCCAAUGAGGCGCCCACCCUCUACCGCGCCACUCUGCAGGUGGAGGGGGGCGCGGCCGACACUUACGUCUACAUGGAGGAGUGGACCAAGGGAAUUGUCGUGGUCAAUGGGUUUGUGUUGGGGCGCUACGCCCGCAUUGGGCCCCAACAGAGCCUCUAUCUGCCGGCGCCGUUCCUCAGAGAGGGCGCCAACGACAUCCUCAUUUUUGAGCUGUUCGAGGCUGCCGAUCUGGUGCAGUUUGCCACUGACAUUGUCUAUAACAAUCACUAGCUGACGCUUUUUUCAUUAAAAGCUUUCUCGUCCUCCUCCUCAA